UCUCCUCUUCCCAUCCGAUUCAGAUCGUGAUCGCAUCGCGCCGCGGACGUAGACGAUGGCCGGGGACGACCGCCUGUCCGCGCUCCCCGAUCAGCUUCUCCGGCGCGUCCUCCACUUCGCCCCAGCCAAGGAGGCCGCGUCCACGAGAGCGCUCUCCCGGCGCUGGCGCUCGCCGUUCUUGCGUUCCUCGGGCGCCGUAAACCUUGAGACGCGCCUCGAGGACUUCGACCGCACGCUCUCCAGUACCUGGGGGGAGCAGCGUAAAACCCUAGAGGCGUCGUUCUUCUCGCGGCGCGACGCCUUCGUGUCGGCGGCCAAGGCGGCGCUCGACGCCGACGGCCACGUCACCAGGCUCACCCUGCGUGUGGAGUUCGAGUUCGGCAUCAAACGCUGGCUCCUGCACUCUGACAACGACAAGAGGGACGGGUCGCGGUCGCAGGACCACCACGUGAUCGCCACGCUUCUCUCCCACCCGGCAGCGCGACGCGUCGAGGAUCUCCGGCUCGCCGUCGAAGGCUGGGUCAUCCGCACUGACACCUACUAUGACCCCGAGAGUGAGAUUGCUCGGAAAGCGGUAGGCGACUACACGCUCAGCCUCGGCUCCCUGCCGUGGGAAACCCUCCGCGUGCUCAACCUCACCAGCUGCGACAUCCUUCCACCGGCCGCCAUAGUAGGGUUCACGCGGCUUUCGUCCAUGCGGCUGCGGCAUUGCGCCGUGCGCCUAGGUGUCCUCCAGAGCCUCGUCGACGCCGCGCCGGCGCUUGCUACCGUCCACCUUGAGUCCGUCGCCGUCAUCGUCAUUGCGCCAACAGACGACGUCAGCCCGCCCAGCCACCACGCAUCGGCCGGUACUUCUCCCCGGCCACCACCGACAGAAGUAGUGCUCCGUUGUCCGGCGGCCACCGUUCUCGUUCUGGACAAGUGCAACUGGAGAGGGAAUGAUAAAGACGAGACUCCGGGGGCUUCUCACCUUGAGUCCGUCGCCGUCAUCGUCAUUGCGCCAACAGACGACGUCAGCCCGCCCAGCCACCACGCAUCGGCCGGUACUUCUCCCCGGCCACCACCGACAGAAGUAGUGCUCCGUUGUCCGGCGGCCACCGUUCUCGUUCUGGACAAGUGCAACUGGAGAGGGAAUGAUAAAGACGAGACUCCGGUCGUCGUCGCCGUGGAGAUUCGCGCGCCGAAGCUGCGAUCCUUCUUGUACAGGGGGCUUCUCAGACGGCUCUCAAUGAGCCCGCGGCCACCGGAUUUGGCACGGGCGGACCUGCACUUUUUCCGGCCAUGCGACAAGAAAGGAAACAAAUGUUCACGCAGACGCAGGGAGCACCAUAGCGACAAAGCCAACGAGGAUCCAGAUCCACACCGCAACCUCAACCUCAUGACGUUGUGGAAAUUCCUCCAAGACCUCAGCAGGGCCAAGGAGUUGAAGCUGAGAGUGAACAACCUCGAGGACAUGGCCGUCCUCAGCGAGGCGGGGCGCGUCGAGCUCCUGCCCGUCUUCUCCAACCUAGACCGGCUCGAGCUGCAAGGAGUGCACAGGCCCAAAGGCAAGUCUGCGGCGGUGGCGAUCGCAAACCUGCUCCGCUGCUCCCCCGUGCUCCGCCAUCUCAGGAUCAACCUCACCACGGCGCACCACGCUGUCACAAGAGAGUCGGAAGACAUAAUAGGGUACCUAGAAACAAAGUUCCUAUGUGACCGCGACAAGUCCAUAGAUCUUAUCAACCGCACAGAUCCGACACCAGUUUCUCUCGAAGAUGAUGGUGAUGUUAACGGUGCUAAGGUUUCUGAUAUCCCUGGCUUGAGUCGGCGCUCAUUCGAAUGCUUGCAGAGCUCACUGAGGAGAGUGGGCUUGCAAUUUCGGUCGGAGGACUCUAACUGCUUUGGCAUCAAGCUGAUCAAAUUCUUCGCUGAGAAUGCCAUGGUUCUUGAAGAAAUGCAUAUUGACGGCGGGAACGGGAAGUUGUGGGAGCAUAUGAACAACCCGGUUGGAAUAUGGGCCGCAAGUUCAUCCGAAAGGAGAAAGCGAGGAGCGUCUAACUUUGUGGUUUUACCCCUUGAGUCAAGAGAACUCUGCAAUGAAUCAGAAAUUUGA